AUGAGUGUCCAUAGCAGUGUGUGCAUGUGUGUGUGCAUUCUGCGCUGGCUUUUGCUGGUGUUGUGUGUGAUGUGUCUGUGUGUACUGUGUCAGAGGGACAGUUUGGUGGCUGGGCCACCCAACAGAAGGUGUGUCGGGGGCUGUAGUGCAACAGCAUCUCCCCCAAAAGCACACCUCACACACAAGAAGGACAUACUACCCAGAAAAACACAGGAACCUCUCCAAAGAAACACACAGUCAUCUUCCAUGUCGGAACGUCUGAUGCAGCUACAGCGGUGUAUGAAACAACAUGAACCAGCUUCAGGAAAUCAAAGUGAUGGAUCCAAUUCCUUGGCAACCAUUUUGGCUCUAAUGACAGCUGUACUUAUCGAGUGUGACCUGCACUGCCACAGUCAAAGACUUAGAGAUAUGGCAGGCAGGCUAGAGCGUGCAGCUGUGGGGAAAAAUGGAGAAAAAGACUUGCUGCUACUGAUGAAGAGCAUCACACAUUCUGGCUCACCACCAACACAAGGUGCUUUAACAGUGUUUCCCUCUGCAGGACUUUAUCCACAGAAUUGCUACGAGAUCUUUCAGUUUGGAAUAAAAGAUAAUGGAAUUUACACCAUCCAACCAGACCCUCAAAAACCAGCCUUGGAGGCUGUGUGUGAUAUGGAGUCUGCAGGAGGUGGAUGGACGGUGUUUCAGCGUCGAUUUGAUGGACAAGUGGACUUUAACCGGACCUGGCAGGAUUAUCGGGAUGGCUUUGGUUCUUCACAAAAGGAGCUCUGGUUAGGGAACACAGUUCUACAUGCUCUUACAUCCAGUGGGAAACAUACACUCCACAUCACUCUCCAAGACUGGCAUCAACAGACCCGACAUGCCAUCUACAACAACUUUAAAGUGGCAGGAGAGAACCAGAGGUUUCGUCUGACUGCACAAAAUUACCAAGGAGAUGCUGGUAAUGCCCUCAGCUAUAGUAAGCACUACAACCAUGAUGGCAGAGCUUUCAGCACAUAUGAUCGUGAUCAUGAUCGCUAUGCAGCUGGUAGCUGUGCUCAGUACUAUGGUGCAGGCUGGUGGUUCGAUUCCUGUUUGGCUGCCAAUUUGAAUGGACAUUACUACCACGGCCGCUACGUUGGCAUCACAGAUGGCAUCUACUGGGGCACCUGGUACAUCCUCACUGACUCUCGAACGAGGGAGAGAUACUCAUUUAAAAGUGUGGAAAUGAAAACACGACCCAGACAGCCCUAA